GUCAGUGGGACGAUGUACAACACAGGGAGACAUGUAUCGCUACGGUUAGACAAAGAGCACUUGGUCAACAUCUCUGGAGGACCCAUGACAUACAGUCACCGCCUGGAGGAAAUCCGGUUACACUUUGGAAGUGAGGACAGCCAGGGAUCAGAGCACCUACUCAAUGGACAGGCGUUCUCUGGGGAGGUUCAACUGAUCCACUAUAACCAUGAGCUGUACACAAAUGUCACAGAAGCUGCAAAGAGUCCUAAUGGGUUGGUGGUAGUUUCCAUAUUUAUGAAAGUAUCUGAAUCAUCAAAUCCAUUUCUAAAUCGUAUGCUUAACAGAGACACCAUAACGAGAAUAACGUAUAAAAAUGAUGCAUACUUACUACAGGGGCUUAAUAUUGAGGAACUUUAUCCAGAGACAUCUAGUUUCAUUACGUAUGAUGGGUCAAUGACAAUUCCACCCUGCUAUGAAACAGCAAGCUGGAUAAUAAUGAACAAACCUGUCUACAUAACAAGGAUGCAGAUGCAUUCUUUACGACUGCUAAGCCAGAAUCAGCCAUCACAGAUAUUUCUGAGCAUGAGCGACAAUUUCAGACCAGUCCAGCCUCUCAACAAUCGAUGUAUCCGAACGAAUAUCAACUUUAGUUUACAGGGAAAAGAUUGUCCAAACAAUAGAGCACAGAAACUACAGUAUAGAGUAAAUGAAUGGCUCCUCAAGUAAGUAAGACAGAGCAGGCAGAACCCCUGUCCUCAGUGGAAUGCUACUGCUGGGAAUUGACAUACUCUAGAAUGCAGCCAACCUCACUCUCUGGGUUCACGGCAGCACGUGCACAUGUGCUGUGGGAAAAGAGCUGCCAUGCUGGGAACUCAACUCAAAAUUCAUUCAUAUGAUCGGUGGCAAUUAAAAAAAAAAUAAAAA